AUGCCGCACACAUAUAUGGACGAUGAAAACUCCGCGAACGCCGGCGAACAGGCCCGGUACAUGGCCGGUAAAAAUCCAAGACAUUAUAACUUCCCCCCAGUGAUAUACAAUGAGGCGUUGAGGCCCAAAUCGGAACUUUACAGGGAUCCAGACUGGUCGAUUCCUAAGUUUGAUCUUUUCGUUACGUAUACUUUGGAAAAUUUGAUGGAUAAGUAUAGGGUUCUGUUCAAAGACUUUUUUAAGCUACCAAGCAGGAAAUUCCACCCGCAGUACUACUACAAGAUUGAACAGCCAAUAUCAUUGAAGGAGAUUAUGUCAAGGGAUUACGAGUAUGCAGGUGGGUCGAGGAUCUUUCUUUUGGAUAUUGAACUUUUGGCAAAGAAUUGUCACGCGUACAACGAGGAUGACAGCUUGAUAGUGAAAAAUGCUUAUCAGAUGGUCAAUUACAUCAAAUAUGAGAUGCUAAGAGCCAAAAAUAUAAGUAAAGAUUAUAUGAUAUCAGGCAAAAUCAAAACGAAGCUUCAAGAAGUGUGGCAAAGAAUUGCAGACGCUAGGGAGCCGGAGAUAUUGAAAGUGUUGAAGUACAAUGAAACAGAUGGCCGUGACUAUAAACUAAGUGAACCAUUUAUGGAUCGGGUUGAUGAGGAAGAACUAGCUGAGUACUAUGAGGUUAUUCACAGACCGAUGGCAUUGAAUGUUGUAAAGAAAAACCUGGAUGAGGGGAAAUAUUCCACUCUUUACGACUUCAUUUUGGAUCUGUACUUAACUUUUGACAACGCAAUGAUCUUUAACGAUAAGGGGACUCCGAUUUACGAAAGUGCUUUACUUCUAUGGGAAUUCACGCAAGUCCUGAUCAACGAUAAACUCUUCCCAGAAUUAAAGGAAGCUCAGGAACGCGGUGAGUUGGAUCUAGAAUACAACAAGUUUGAAUUCAGUAGGAAUGCGCGUAAGCGUGCAUUAGCUAUAGAUGCAGAUGUCCCAGGGGAAGAGCAUCCAUCGGAUACGGAACCUGCUCAUAAAGGUGCGAUAACAGCAAAUGAUGAUGAUGAAGAUGAUGAUGAUGAUGAUGACGAUGAAACGAAACAUGAGCCAAUAGCAACUGCGACUUCCGAAGAAACGAAGGACGGUGACAAUGUCAAAGUCGACGAAGAAGAAGAAGUUCAGGAACGAGACGAUGAGGAGGCUAAACUAAGUAAUGUUGAAGGUCUAGGCAAUGGUUACACGAGAACUUUGCUUCCAGACGAUUAUCUGUUGCCGUCAAACAGUAAGCUGAGAAAUCCUAAUUCCAACAAAAGGAUAAAACUAAAUGUAAUGGCAACGGAAACGCCUAGACCGGAUUUGCCAAUUUUCAAUAUCGUCAAAUCCUUAAAGAGGGAACCUACUUCUGAUAGUUACUCCACCGAGAAAAAGGUAUUCAAAGUCAUUGGCGAGAUCUCUGUAUACACUGCUAGUAGCAUGUAUCAGCAGGCGAUGAAUCCGCUUCCGGGCUCAAGGCCACCAUGUGUACAGGAUUGGGCACAGUACGAUUUCAAUAUGAAAGGCUUGAACCAAACUGAAAAUACUUACUCCUUUGCAGUGCAACCAAUGCAGACAUUUUUAACGGUUGUGACCAAACUGAAUGAUGUUGUGACAAAGAGUAAUCUAACGGUAAACAACGAAAAUAUUCCCUCGGCGAAGAGUCAAUUACCUAUAUCAUCAUCUUUAAUGGACAACUCACAAAAUCCAAACGGUACCUCCGGUAACAACACUGACAAAUAUGAAAUCAUCUUGAAUGAAGGAAUUAACCAUAUCAAAUUUGAUUGCCAACACACUACUCAUGGUGGAGAAUCUGUGAAUAUCUGGGUCAACGUGUUACCGUGA